GCCGACCGGUUUUCGCUUCACCUCGCGGUGCAGGUGGUGCUGGCUGCUGCUGUCCUCCUUGGCUAUGGCUGCACAGACGGCGUCCGCUCUCAGCAUAGCAAAUGAGCAGCAGCUAGCAGCUGCCAUCAACGGGAUUGCUGGCGUUACGGUCACCAUCACCAGCGACAUCGUUCUCACCAAAGAAUUUCUUACUGCGCAACGCUGCUGGUACGCCGGCUUACAUUGGCAAGUGCAACUUGAAGUUGAAAGGCGUCGAGGACGACUCGAAAAGACCACGUUCAAGUCCAACCGAGCGGAAGGGGAUGGCGGGGCCGUGUACAUCAAUGGCCAGCCGGCAAACACGGUUGGUUACGUCCUCGAUCAUGUGACCUUCGACUCGAACACGGCUGGGAAUGCUGGCGGCGGCAUGUACGUAGCCGGGACGUCGCAGGCUGUUGUGAAGGUGUUUGUCUCACGGUGCAAGUUCACGAAGAACGUGGCGACCGGCGGCGAGGGCGGCGCGCUGGCACUCAGCGUGUUGAUGGAUGCGCGCAUCUGUCACACCUCCAUCGCCGACGGUGGGAACAAAGCAAACGGCGGCCAAGGCAACAACCUCGCUCUGUUGGACGGCAACUAUAACCCUCAAAUGACCGUCUCUUUCUGUCCUGCACACCUGAAAUCUCUCUCCCUCCAUGUCACCGCCGUUGCCAAUCCCCCGACCGUCCGUCAUCACUGCGAGGUUUGCGAAUUGCCAAAGUAAGGGGAUUUACGUAAGCUUGAUCGCAGGCGCUUAGUUACCCCAUUCU